AUGCUCAGUCGAGGUUCCGCUGGUGAAGCGGCGAGACUGUCGAAGGAGAUCGGCAAGAAACCUGCUGGCACUCAUAGUCAGUCGCACGUGACUUUUUUCGUGUCUGUUCCUGUGCGAUUUGUUUGUAAAAUCAUGAAUUCUGUGAUGAAAACCAUGAAUACUUUAUCGAGAGCGUCAACGGAGGAGAGCCUGCAGUAUAUCAGGCAAUCCCUGAAAUCAGAAGAAAUGGAUCAUCUGGAAGGAACUCAUUUUGAUAGGCUCAUCCCGCACGUGUUUGUUACUUUUGGAGCGUCUGGUGACCUUGCCAGGAAGAAAAUUUAUCCAACUCUUUGGUGGCUCUUCAGAGACAAUCUUUUGCCGAAACCAACCACUUUCGUCGGCUACGCUAGAAGUAAAUUGACAAUACAACAAUUACGUGAGAAAUGUCAUCCGUACAUGAAAGUGAAGUCAAACGAGGAGGAGAAAUAUGAAGAAUUUUGGAAGCUAAAUCAUUACAUCGCUGGCUCUUACGAUCAGAAGAAAGACUUUGAACAACUGAAUCGUAAAUUAGAAAAUUUUGAGGAAGGGAACACUGCGCACAGGCUAUUUUAUUUGGCGUUACCACCGAACGUAUAUGAAAGCGUUACGACGCGCAUUCGACUUACCUGUAUGGGAGAUAAAGGAUGGACGAGAAUUAUAAUCGAGAAACCAUUCGGCCGCGAUGCCGUCUCGUCGCAGAAACUCUCCGAUCACUUGGCGACGCUAUUCAGCGAGGAUCAAAUCUACCGUAUCGAUCACUAUCUCGGCAAAGAAAUGGUGCAGAAUCUGAUGACCUUAAGAUUUGGAAACAGAGUGUUCAACCCAACAUGGAACCGGGACAAUGUAGCCUCGGUGCAAAUCACAUUCAAAGAACCAUUCGGCACUCAGGGUCGAGGCGGCUAUUUCGAUGAGUUUGGCAUCAUCAGAGAUGUGAUGCAGAACCACUUGGUGCAAAUUUUGUCCUUGGUAGCCAUGGAAAAACCUGCAUCUUGCCAUCCGGAUGAUAUCAGAGACGAGAAGGUGAAGGUUCUCAGAUGUAUCAAAAAUGUGCAACUUGAUCAGGUAGUUCUCGGUCAAUACGUCGGAGAUCCAGAUGCUGAGGAUCCGGAGGCAUGUUUGGGCUACUUGGAUGAUACCACAGUACCAGCCGGUUCAAAUACGCCGACAUUCGCGUCCGCAGUACUAAAGAUAAACAAUGAGAGGUGGGACGGCGUACCGUUCAUCCUGAGAUGUGGAAAAGCGCUAAACGAAAGAAAAGCAGAAGUAAGAGUACAGUACCAAGAUGUACCGGGUGAUAUUUUUGAUGGAAAGGCAAAGAGGAAUGAAUUAGUGAUAAGAGUACAACCAGGCGAAGCGUUGUACAUUAAAAUGAUGACAAAAUCACCUGGAAUAACGUUCGACAUGGAAGAAACGGAAUUGGAUUUCACUUAUGGUAGUAGAUAUAAAGGCCUCAAAUUACCGGAUGCCUACGAGAGAUUAAUUUUAGAUGUCUUUUGCGGUUCGCAAAUGCAUUUCGUGCGAAACGACGAGUUGCACGAAGCGUGGCGGAUAUUCACACCGCUGCUUCAUCAAAUCGAAAAAGAAAAAAUUCUACCGGUUCCAUAUAAGUAUGGUUCCCGAGGACCGAAAGAGGCUGAUGAAAUGGCGAAGAAACAUAAUUUUGCGUACUAUGGUUCAUAUAAAUGGGUGAAACCGUGAAUCAAUGCGGAUACUGUGAUGAAAUUUAUGACGCAAAGUACAAAUUCGAAGAUGUUUAGAAAGUUUUAAAAUAAUAUUAUCAUUGACUGUCACAUUCCAAAAAUUUUGAUAA